UGAAUGAUCCCCAACCAUACAAACAGACGACGGUGGGAAACUACAUUUCCCACAAUCCCGCAACCAGGUUGGACAAGGCAAAUUAAUGGCUGAUAAUCGCAACGAACGCUGACUUUGAAGUCGUCAGAUCCCCAUGGAAACGGAGUGUGGGAAGAAGAUGUCCUCCCGCUCGGACAGCCUGUCUCUGUGUGCAUGCGUGUGCGUGGGCCUGCCCCCAUGUGCGACCCCCCCCAGCGGCAGCGGAGGCGAGGACUCCCCGGACCAGCGGCUGCCGGCGGCCGCCGUCCCGCGGAGGAAGGGCGCCGCGUCCCAGAGCAAGACGGAGCCGCCGCUGCCGCGCACCGGGACGCGCACCAUCUACACCGCCGGCCGGCCGCCGUGGUACGACCAGCGCGGCGCGCAGUCAAAGGAGGCCUUUGUCAUCGGCCUGUGUGGGGGCAGUGCUUCGGGGAAGACCACGGUGGCCAACAACAUCAUAGAGGCGCUGGACGUCCCCUGGGUGGUGCUGUUGUCCAUGGAUUCCUUCUACAAGGUUCUCUGUGAGGAGGAUCAGGCCUUGGCAGCCAGCAACGACUACAACUUUGAUCACCCGGGGGCCUUUGACUUUGAACUGCUGGUGGCCACACUGCGCAAGCUGAAGAAGGGCAAGAGCGUGAAGAUUCCCGUCUAUGACUUCACAACUCAUAACAGACAUAAAGACUGGAAACACGUGUAUGGCGCCAGCGUCGUCAUAUUUGAAGGAAUCAUGUCCUUUGCAGAUAAAGAUCUUCUCCAGCUCCUGGACAUGAAGAUCUUCGUGGACACGGACUCGGACAUCCGGCUGGUGCGCCGGCUGCGCAGGGACAUCGCGGAGCGGGGCCGCGACAUCGAGGGCGUCAUCAAGCAGUACAACAAGUUUGUGAAGCCCGCCUUCGACCAGUACAUCGAGCCCUCCAUGAGGCUGGCCGAUAUCGUCGUGCCCAGAGGGGGUGGUAACAUGGUGGCCAUCGACCUCAUAGUCCAACAUGUCCACAGUCAAAUGGAGGAGCGUGAGCUCAGUGUAAGGGCGGUCCUGGCCUCCGCCCCUCAGACGGACCCCCUGCCCCGGACGCUCAGCGUGCUGGAGAGCACCCCGCAGGUGCGCGGCCUGCACACCAUCAUCAGGGAUAAGGAGACCAGCCGCGAUGAGUUCAUCUUCUACUCCAAGAGGCUGAUGCGCCUCCUCAUCGAGCACGCACUCACCUUCCUGCCCUCUCAGCCGUGCACCAUCCAGACCCCACAAGGCCAGGCGUACGAGGGCCGCCGGUACAAGGGCCGAGGGAUCACAGGUGUGUCCAUCCUGCGGGCCGGGGAGACCAUGGAGCCGGCCCUGAGAGCCGUGUGUAAGGACGUCCGCAUCGGCAAGAUCCUGAUCCAGACCAAUCUGGAUUCGGGAGAGCCAGAGCUGCAUUACCUGCGACUGCCCAAAGACAUCAGUGAGGACCAUGUCAUCCUGAUGGACAGCACGGUGUCGACGGGCGCGGCCGCCAUGAUGGCGGUGCGCGUGAUGCUGGACCACGAGGUGUGUGAGGAGCGGAUCAUGCUGGUGUCUCUGCUCAUGGCGGAGCUGGGCGUGCACUCGGUGGCCUACGCCUUCCCCCGGGUCAAGAUCAUCACCACGGCCGUGGACAAGGGCCUGGACCGCCUGCUGCACGUCAUCCCCGGGAUAGGUGACUUCGGCGACCGCUACUUCGGCACGGACCGGUCGGACCAGUGGAGCGAGGGGGGGGAACCAGAAACGCCCAUGUCCUGCUGACACAACCGCGAGCAAGGCUUCAUUUAUUAACAUAUUUAUUUACACAUUUCUACAUGCCUCUGCUGUUUUCACUUCUAUGUACUAUGUUGUAAAUACUGUCUUUGUAUUAUAAUUUGACAAUCACCAUGCCUCAGCUAAGCAAGAUAAUAGUGAUAUACUCUAUAUUCAUGUAUUUAGGGAGAAAACUGCUAAUGUGCCGAAAAGGUGAAGUUCAGUGGGACUUUAAACCUGGGCAAUAAUGGCAAAUGAGGUAAACAAAAUAAAAUAAAACUUGUACACUU